ACACGUGAACGAUCGCACAUGGUUGUACUCACUCUGUCUGUCGUCCUAGGCCUAAUUGAAGACGGAACCUCCUAUCGAGAUUCGUUUCAUUGCCAGCACCAAUUGUUCUCGUCUCCACGCCAACAUGCCCAAAUCUCGUCGUGAUCGCGCCAUUACCUUAUCCCAGACCCGCAAGAAGCCGGCCUUGGAAUUCAAACAGUCUUUGGUGACGAAAAUCCGGGAUGCAGCCGCGCAGCACGAUUUUUGUUACUUUGUCCAAGUGGCCAACAAUCGCAAUCUGUUUCUUAAACAGCUCCGCGAUCAGUGGGCGGGCCGAGGGAGCUUCUUCUUGGGCAAGAACCGCGUGAUGGCCUUGGCUUUGGGCCGAACUGAGGCCGAGGAAAUUGAAACGGGCCUCCACGGCAUGGCCAAGUUACUGCGCAAUGAAUGCGGACUCUUGUUCACCAAUCGCGAUCAGACCGAAGUGGUCAAAUUCUUUGAGGACUACCAAGAAAUGGAUUUCGCCCGCACAGGAUGCCUGGCCACGGACACCGUGGUUUUGGAGGCAGGGCCCCUGACACAGUUUCCCCACUCUUUGGAGCCCCAGUUGCGCGCCUUGGGUCUGCCCACCGCUCUAAAGAAAGGCGUGGAACUCCUGGGUCAAUACACGGUUUGCGUUCAAGGUGAUAUUUUGACCUCGGAACAAGCUCGGCUCCUGAAACUCCUGGGCGAGAAGCAAGCUCAUUUCAAAUUAAAUAUGGUGGCGGUUUGGAGUAAAAUGAAAGGCGAGGUGAAAUACCUGGUCGAGGUGCAAACCAUGACUGUGGAUCAACUAAAUGGGGCCACCAGCGAUGGCAAUGAGGUGGAAGAGAUCGAUGAUGAAUAAAUUGAGGAGUUAGUUGAACUGA